CUAAAAAUUCAUCAAUUAAUUAAAUUCCCAGUCUUCCAUCUUCUCCGUUCACUACAUACACACUCUCACUGUACAUUUCUUACUCAAUUUCUCUCUCUAGAACAUUCGCCAUUGCUGAAAUUAUUGAAGCUCUCAACGGCCGGCAAAAAUACAUCACUUCCUGUGUGUUUAUUGCUUGUUUUAUGCAAUUUUUCUGCUCAGAUUUGAAUUUGAACUGAGUUGACUAAGGGAAUAAGGUUGUGAGAUUUGAGAAGGAAUGGAGUCAUCGCAAUCGCAGCUACAGAGAAGAGGAGGAGGCUUAGUUUCGAUGUCACCGUCGCACACGCCGCGGUCGAGUGAUAAAGUGGUGAGAGAUCUGCGAUCGGGGGAAGGGAAUGUGAAUGGGAAGCAUGAUAAAGAAAAAGGUGUAAAUGUGCAAGUUAUUUUGCGUUGCAGGCCGUUGAAUGAGGAUGAGAUAAGAUUGCAUACACCAGUUGUGAUUUCCUGUAAUGAAGGUAGAAGAGAAGUUUCUGCUAUUCAGAACAUAGCUAAUAAGCAGAUUGACAGAACAUUUGCCUUUGAUAAGGUAUUUGGUCCAACAUCCCAACAGAAGGACUUGUAUGAUUCUGCAAUAUGGCCAAUUGUUUUUGAAGUUCUAGAGGGAUAUAACUGCACCAUUUUUGCUUAUGGGCAGACAGGAACAGGGAAAACUUAUACAAUGGAGGGAGGGGGAAGAAAGAAGAAUGGGGAAUUUCCAAGUGAUGCAGGUGUUAUCCCCCGAGCUGUAAAACAAAUUUUUGAGAUAUUGGAAGCUCAAAAUGCUGAAUAUAGUAUGAAAGUAACACAUUUGGAGCUUUAUAAUGAGGAGAUCACAGAUCUUUUAGCUCCCGAGGAAUGCAUAAAGUAUGUAGAUGAUAAAUCCAAAAAACCAAUAGCACUGAUGGAAGAUGGUAAGGGUGGAGUUUUGGUUAGAGGCUUGGAAGAGGAGAUUGUUUCCACUGCAAAUGAAAUCUAUAAGAUCUUGGAGAAAGGUUCAGCUAAGAGGCGUACAGCAGAGACUCUUCUUAACAAACAGAGUAGUCGUUCUCACUCUAUUUUUUCUAUCACAAUUCACAUCAAGGAAUGCACUCCAGAAGGGGAGGAGAUGAUCAAAUGCGGCAAACUGAACCUUGUUGACCUUGCUGGUUCUGAGAACAUAUCACGUUCUGGUGCAAGGGAGGGCAGGGCGAGGGAAGCUGGAGAAAUCAACAAGAGUUUGCUUACACUUGGUCGUGUUAUAAAUGCUUUAGUUGAACACUCUGGUCAUAUCCCAUACAGGGAUAGCAAAUUGACACGGUUGUUGAGGGAUUCUCUUGGAGGGAAAACAAAGACAUGCAUUAUUGCAACAAUAUCACCGUCAGUUCACUGUCUGGAAGAGACACUGAGCACUUUAGAUUAUGCUCAUCGUGCCAAAAACAUAAAGAACAAACCAGAGAUUAACCAGAAGAUGAUGAAAUCUGCAUUAAUCAAAGAUUUGUACUCCGAGAUUGACAGACUGAAGCAAGAGGUGUAUGCUGCAAGAGAGAAGAAUGGCAUUUAUAUACCAAGAGACCGAUAUCUUCAAGACGAAGCAGAUAAGAAGGCAAUGUCUGAAAAGAUAGAACGGAUGGAACUUGACUUCGAAUCCAGGGACAAGCAAUUUAUGGAACUUAAGGAACUAUACAAUUCUCAGCAAUUGUUGACAGCAGAAUUGGGUGACAAACUUGAGAAGACAGAGAAAAAGCUUCAGGAAACUCAGCAUACAUUGGCUGAUCUCGAAGAGAAACACAGGCAGGCAAUUACCACUAUAAAAGAAAAGGAAUUUCUGAUAUCUAACCUUCUAAAAUCUGAAAAAGCACUGGUUGAGCAAGCAUUUGAACUUCGAGCUGAACUGGAAAAUGCUGCAUCAGACGUGUCAAACUUGUUUGCUAAGAUUGAGCGCAAAGACAAAAUAGAAGAUGGAAACAAAGUUCUCAUCCAAAAUUUCCAAUCCCAGCUGACUCAACAGCUUGAAGUCCUGCAUAAGGCUGUUGCUUCUUCAACCACACAACAAGAGCAACAACUCAAAGGCAUGGAGGAAGACAUGCAGUCCUUUGUUUCAACAAAGACUGAGGCAGUGGAAGAGCUUCGAGGCCAUCUGGAGAACUUAAAAACCAUGUUUGGUUCUGGUAUCAAAGCUUUAGAUGGUUUGGCUGGGGAACUUGACGGCAAUGCUCAGUCAACCUUUGACCGUUUAAAUUGUGAAGUUUCUAAACAUUCUUCUGCUUUAGGAGAGCUUUUUAAGGAGAUUGCUUCUGAGGCUGAUACCUUGGUUAAUGAUCUUCAAAAAAGUUUACAUGAUCAGAAGGAGAAACUAAUCGCAUUCGCACUACAGCAACGUGAGGCACAUUGCGGGAGUAUCACGAUGUCAAGGUCCAUUUCUCAGAUUACUGGGAACUUCUUUAAGACUCUAGAUAUGCAUGUGUCCCAGUUGGGUGAAAUAGUGGAAGAAGCACAGACGGUCAGUGACCAGAAAUUCUCUGAACUAGAAAAGAAGUUUGAGGAAUGUGCUGCCAAUGAGGAAAGACAAAUCUUGGAGAAAGUGGCUGAGUUGCUCGCUGGAUCAAAUGCUAGGAAGAAAAAGCUGGUUCAAACUGCUAUCGAUGACCUCAGAGAAAGUGCCUCCAACAGAACGAGCAGACUGAAACAAGAGAUGUCAACCAUGCAAGAUUCAACUUCUUCUGUUAAAGUCAAAUGGACUGCUUACAUGGAAAAGGCUGAAUCACACUAUCUAGAAGAUACUGCUGCUGUGGAAAAUGGGAAGAAAGAGAUGGAAGAGGUGCUACAGAAUUGUGUGCAAAAGGCUAAAUUGGGAGCUACGCAAUGGACAAAUGCUCAACGGUCUUUAUUAGACCUAGAGGAGAGAAAUGUUGCAUUUGUCGAUGAAAUUGUCAGGGGUGGAAUGGAUGCAAAUCAAGCAUUACGUGUAAGAUUUUCAUCUGGAGUGUCAUCCACUCUCGAAGACACUGAUGCUGCUAGCAAACACCUACUCUCAUCUAUUGACCAUUCCUUACAACUCGACCGUGAUGCUUGUGCAAACCUUGAUUCUACAAUUGUUCCUUGUUGUGGAGAGCUGCGAGAACUAAAUAGCGGACACUACCACAAGGUUGUUGAAAUUACAGAGUACACUGGAAAAAGUCUUUCACAAGAAUACAUGGUUGAUGAACCGUCUUGUUCGACCCCAACAAAGAGACCAUUUAAUCUUCCAAGCGUAGAAUCUAUUGAAGAACUAAAAACUCCUGCUUUCGAAGAGUUGUUGAAUACAUUUUGGGAUGGUAAAUCCUCAAAGCUAUCAAAUGGAGAUGUAAAUCAUAGUAAAGAGAUAGAGGUAGAUACUUCUUUACUAGAGUCAAGAGUUUCCCUCACUGCUGUAAAUUAGAAGAGUCCACUCCAAACUACAAUUACAUACAUCAUAGUAUAUGGCAAUGAAGGAGGAGACUGGAGAGUUGUACAUAAUGUGUCUUUGAAUCUCCAUCUUCUCACCUAUACGUAGCAGAUAAUUUAUCCUUGUUCUUUUUAUUUGAUUUGAGUGAUCGAAAUAUGUAAUGUCUGUGCUGAACAUGUUAGUUUGAAGUGUCUGUGGAUGCAUUAUUGAUAGAGAUUGUAAAUUUCAUUUGCAACUUGUAGUAAACGAUACAUUGGUAUACUGA